GUUAACAUAAAGCAAAUAGCAGUGCAAUAACUGAAUAACGCCAUAAGCGUUCUUAUAGCUAUUUGUUGUCACAUGUCAGUUGGCUUUCAUAGUUUACGUCUAUCGUCUCGUUUCUAACUCCUCAGUUACUAUAAAAAAAUUUAAUAAAAUAAUAUGGAAUCUGUAACCAUACCCACACGGGCAUUUGUUAAUGGUUCGUUCUUACAAAAAUUCACCAACAAACCUGUAACAUUGAUCGGUAACGUGUUGAAGGUGAGUUCCGAUAGUAAAUCUGUAACAAUGCAAACAACAGACGACCAAGUGGUGACUGUUAAUUUUCAUGAACCGAUUGACAGCUCUUUAGACGGAUGGGUAGAAGUGCAUGGUUUGGCCAAAGAUAAAGGAACCGUAGCUGGAGAAAGUUACUAUAAUUUACCAUCAUCAAUAACUGAUGAUUUUGAGAAACCACAAUUUAAUGAAACAGUUUCACUGAUAUACAGUCUAUCAAACCCCUUGAAGUAAUGAAGAAAAAUGAAGUAUUGUUGAUUCAGAUUUUAAUUUAAUUAUUUAUAUAUAUUUUUUUUUUUUUUUAUAUAAUAAUAAUGCUCUUAAUUAUCUUAUUAAAUAUCUUCUAAGAAAUAAACUUUGAUACUAAGUAAAA